CCCUCGCCGAUAACAAAGGCCGGGCGCGUGACCGCGCGCGCAGCUCCUUCGGCCCACGGCAUUGCGCACGCACGCGUGUACGGACAGACGCAAGGCGGGCGAAGGGCCGUGAACGCGCUCGGCAGCGGCGGUGCGAAGAAGAGGAGGAGGCGACAUGAACGUCAACUGGGGCUCCGAACUGUGGGAUCAGUUUGACAAUCUGGAGAAACACACGAGCUGGGGCAUCGACUUCCUGGAGAAAUACACCAAAUUUGUCAAAGAACGAGCGGACAUCGAACUCAACUACGCUAAACAGAUCAGAAACCUGUCAAAGAAGUACCUUCCCAAGAGGAGCAGAGAAGAUGACAACAGGUACACGUGGUGCGUGGCCUUCAGCACCACGCUUCAGCAGCUCGGCGAGUUGGCGGCGCAAAGAGAGGAAGUCGCCGAGAACCUCAACUCGCACGUCGCCGCCGACCUCAGCAGGUUCACGCACGAGCUCAAGGCCGAGAGGAAGGCGCAUUUCCAAGAUGGCCGCCGUGCCCAGCAGCACAUUGAAAAUUCCUGGAAACAACUUGAGUCUACAAAACGACGUUUCGAGCGCGACAGCAAGGAGGCGGAACGAGCGCAGCACUUGUGCAACAGGAUGGACAACGUAGACAACAACAUGGACGCUGAGAAGCGCUGCUCCUUUAAGGCUCGUCAGGCGGAGCAACAAAAACAACAAACGGCCCAAGAGUCCAAGAAGGACUAUUUGACCAUUUUAAACCAGUUUAACCAGGACCAGCACCAGCACUACCACACCAUGGUGCCCGUUAUAUACCAGCGCAUCCAGGAAAUGGAGGAGCGUCGUAUCGAGCGCGUGAGUUCGGCCAUGCGCUCGUCGGCCGAGGCGGAGAAGAAAUCACUUCCUGUCGUCAGCCGAUGUUUGGACGCUAUGAUGGAUGCCGCGGAGAGCAUCCGGGCCCGGGUGGACACGCGCUCGGUAGCGCGCGUGUACAAGUCCGGCUUCGAGCCGCCAGGCGAUGUGGACCCGGAGGACUUCGGUGCCUCCAUGAGGCGGAGCAUCUCAGAGUCCAGCUACCUGGACGAGCGCGUGGAGGAGCGGAGGCAGAGCAGGAAGCUGUGGCCUUUCCUCCGUAAAAAUAAACUGCUGAAUCUCCUGUCGUCGCCUCGCCAGCCGCCGCCGCCGCCGCCCACCUCGCCCUCUCCGGGGGGCACGGCUCCCGGCCCCCCGUCCCCGCCCUCGACCACCAGGGAACCGAUCGCGCAGCGGCUUAACGACCUCAUGACGUCCGGCUCCCGAACCAGGAAGCAGUGCCUGCGCAGCCUCAAGAGAGGACUGUCACUCAAACUGGGCUCCGCCCCUCCGGACUGCAGCCAUCUUCCUGCCGAGCAACGGCGGAAAAAACUGCAAAACAGAAUUCACCACAUCGGACAAGAGAUCCUGCAAGAGCGAGAGCAAAGAGAGGCUCUGGUGAAGAUGAAGGCGGUGUACCAUCAGAACCCGACCUUGGGAGACGGCGCCACCCUGGAGCCGCGAUUGGACGAAGUCAGACGGAGCCUGCGUAGACUGGAGGAGGAGCUUAGGAACAACCAGGUGUGGCUGGCGGAGGCUGAGCAGGGCAGUCAGUCAUCGACACCGGGAACUUUGAAACAGAUCAAUGCCACGAGUCCGGACAGCAGAGAAAGUCCCGACGGCAGCUACACGGAAGAUCAGAGCGCCGAAGUUCGCUUCUCCAAGUCUCGAAGCUCCGACUUCGACGACGACUUCGACGACGACGAGCCGCUGGCCAGCAUCGGAACUUGCAAGUCGCUCUACCCGUUCCAAGGUCAGAACGAGGGCACUCUGUCCAUGUGCGAAGGAGAACUUCUGAGCGUGGUGGAGGAGGACAAAGGCGACGGCUGGACGAGAGUACGAAGGAACGCAGAAGAAGAAGGAUACGUGCCCACCUCCUACAUCAAGGUCUUCGUGGAGGCCAAAGGCUUUGUGCAGACAAGUCGUCUGGUGUGAAGCGGUCGAGCGCGUAAACGGUGAGGCUGUCGAAGAUAGCAGAUGGCGACGUCCGCUCAUCUCGCGCCUUUGUGCUGGGUUGCCAUGACAACUGGCACCAUGUCAAGGCGGUUGCCAUGGUAACCGCGCAAAGCCGACCAUCUGACUUAUUCGGAGGCCCGCGCCACCCGGACAUUGGGCUCUCGCCAAGACCACAUUUGCUGGUGUGGGGUCAGUAAAGAAAGGAAAAACAACAAAUAGUCGCGUCUGCGUUAUUUCCUCUUUUGCCACACGAGGCGCUGCUUCUGUGCAAAAACUUACAUUGAACUUUUAUUUGGAAACAGCAUGUAGGAUGAUGGAACGUGGAAGUCUUCAAAAUAAAAAGCAACAUUUUGAGGUUAUUAUAUCAGUAACAGUUGAGCCACGUGACCUAUGUUUAAGUAUUAUCCCCCCCGCUUCCAUAUUGAAUCCCGCUCCCACCUCAUCCCGGGUGUCGUCGUGUUAGAUGUCAAUGUCUUUUAUUUUUACGCUCUAAUCAGCAGCUUCCUGUAUGUUCCCUGUUUCAAAGUAAAACAAGU